AUGAAGUUUCAGGCCAUCUUUUCCUUGGCUGGUCUUCUCAGCAUUUGCGCUUGUGCUCCUAUCUAUCAGCCACAAAUUGGAAUAAUCGCAAGUAACAGCAACGAGGUUUUGCGUCUCAAUGGACUAACUCUGGCAGGUGUUGGUUUAGGUCCAGCACAGGGAACUGCAUUCUUUCCUCCCUUCCUGGUCCAGCAGCAGCCCCCACAAGUGCUCAACUUUAACCCUGCGAUGCAAGGACCCUUCCUGCCUCCUCAAAUCAACCAGCUGAACCCGGCACAAUUGCCCCCAUUGCAGCAGGAGCAGCCCAUACCUGGCAUCCUCCCCAACAACGGCUUACCAGCACAGAACCUCCCCCCGGGCUUUCCAUACUUCCUGACUAAUCUAUAUCCUCUGAGGAACACUCCUGUAAGAUUUACACCAAACCAGAAUGCUGGCCCAAGUGUUCGAAUCCAGGACAACAUGCAGCCGAUGCAGCCGAUGCAGCCGAUGCAGCCAGUGCAACCAAUCCAACCAAUCCAACCACUCCAGAGCAGGGUGAAGACAGACCCGAAGGUAACGUCUGCUCCUGAUUACCGUGGUGAUCGGCCUGGUCCUGGAACUGGAGAGGGCCAUCCUGGGUUCCCGUUGUUUGAGCCAUAG